UUGGGAACAGAGAGUCAGAGUUUUGGGUUUCAGAGCUUCUGGUUUCAGACAAACUUAAAAAAUAUCCUCAUGUCCUUUAAUGGUUUGCAGCAGACUAAGGUAACAAAAAGACUGGAAUUACUGUUAUAAGUCACCCCACUUGGGGACAUAGCAUAGCUUCUCGAUAAGAAUCCAAAUACUAUUGGAUUUGAUUUGACUCUUGUCUAAAGAAAAGCUGAUCGAAUAGAAAAAAUUAAUAUAAAAUAAAUCUCUAUCUCAAAUCUCAAAUCUCAAGUAGACUUUUUUUCUCUUCUUUUUCUCAAUGAUUUAACAGCUAACUUAAUUCAUCGGUUGUUGGUUUUAAUAGAUUUUGCUUGAGCCCUUGAGCACCUGUGUUUUCAAUUUCCCGUGUUUUACUCCCUUUUUAAGCUCUUUUUUAGGGUUAUUUGCUUCUUGGUCUUGAAUCUUGAUCACCAGUGUUUAUUUUCAUCAAUAACUGUAGUUUUGGCUUUAGGGUUUUUCAGUUUUUAGUUUGAAGUAGGUUGUUGUGGGAGAUUUUGGGAUUUCUAAGUUGGGUGUUUAUUUUCUCCUUUCCUUCUCAUCUGUGUGUGUGUGUUAAUUUCUUGGUUGUGAUCAUGGCUACUCCGAUGUCGGCCAUGUCUCUGUUCAAUGACUCCCCUGUCGUCAGAGAGCCCUUUAGCAAGAAACAGGGUUUCUGCGCUCAGAAUCCCAGCAGCUUAUCAGGGGUGAUUGGCGUCCAUGGAAAGGAUGCCGCAGUAGCAGAUUCUGAAGGCUUCAUCGGUGUUCUUGAGGUGUUCAUACAUCAAGCGAGGGAUAUCCAGAACAUCUGCAUAUACCAAAAGCAGGAUGUUUACGCCAAGCUGUGCCUGACUAGUAACCCUGAAAUUACUGUGUCCACCAAGAUCAUCAAUGGUGGAGGGAGGAAUCCGGUCUUUAAUGAGAGUCUUGAUCUCAAAGUUCGGAAUCUAGAGUCAUCCCUCAAAUGUGAGAUCUGGAUGCUGAGCAGGGUCAAGAAUUAUCUUGAUGAUCAGUUGCUGGGCUUCGCAUUGGUCCCUCUUUCUGAUGUUCUUGUGGGGAAUGGCAAGUUGGAUCAAGAGUUGUCCCUCUCUUCCACUGAUCUGUUCCAUUCUCCAGCUGGGUUUGUCCAAUUGUCGCUCUCCUACUGUGGAGCAUCACCAGAAGUCUUGGAGAUCCCCGCUCCGGCGGCCUCUGUGAAUGCAAAAGCCGCUGCGUCACCGGAUUCUGGAAUAACCGAUUCACUCCCCUGUGAUUUCGAUAAGAUCGAGUUCCCAGAUCCUAAGAUCAUUAAUGAAAACCAGCUGAUGGUUUCUGAGUAUUUUGGGAAUCCAUGUAGCCCCUUGGACUCCCAGAGCUCUGCCUCUGAGAGCUUGGUCACUUCAGACACCGAUAAUCACUUUAGUUCCAACGUUGGUGGUGGUGAUCAUGUUGUGGAAAGCUUCUCAUCGGGAGCUUCUCAAGGGAGUCUGGAUUCCCUUGAAGUUCACAAGAGUGAUACUCCUCCGAGCAGUAUUUCAACUAAUUGGUCUCCCUCUGCUUCAAUCACUAGGAGUUCUCAAUCCUCCCUCGAUACUCCAGGAGAAAGAAGAUCUUCAGAUGAGGAGCAACAAUCGUCUGUGAAAGAGAAAGGAACCGACGAGGGUGAGGCUGAUAGUGAAGCCUCUGGUGGAGAGCCUCGCAGCUCAUUUCCUAAACCUUUUGUAAGCAUAAACAUGGAACCAGAGCCAAUGAUGGUGCAGCAGGAUAUUGUGGACAUGUACAUGAAAAGCAUGCAGCAAUUUACAGAGUCUUUGGCGAAGAUGAAGCUCCCAUUAGACAUUGAAAAUGAGGCUACCGACUUGGGGUCUGCAACAUCCAAGUCUAGCUCUGAUCAGAAAUCACCAGCUCCGAAGGGCACUGGCUCCAGAGUGUUUUAUGGGAGUAGGGCAUUCUUCUGAUCUUUAAGUUGGGUUAGUUUGAUGGAUACACAAGGUGCCUUUAUGAUUUUAGAAUCAAACACUAAUAGUAGUACUGAGCUUUGUUCUUCAGUAUGUAGUGGAGCCUUACCUUUUGUAUGCUGGAAUAGUUUCAGGUGAUGGGGAGACAUGACUUGUAUGUGUUGUUACCAACUUUGUUGUAUCACAGUUGCUGUCACCAUGUAUUUGAUUAGUCUAAAUAAUCUUUUCUGCCCUUUGCUGCUGAA